AGCCGCCUUUGCCCUCGCUGAAGGUUGUUACUGCAGCCUGUUUUCGCCAUGUCUGGGAGAGGAAAGGGUGGUAAGGGCUUGGGCAAAGGUGGCGCUAAGCGGCACCGCAAAGUCUUAAGGGAUAACAUCCAGGGCAUCACCAAGCCGGCGAUCCGGCGCCUGGCCCGCCGUGGGGGAGUCAAGCGGAUCUCCGGCCUCAUCUACGAGGAGACUCGGGGCGUGCUCAAGGUUUUCCUGGAAAACGUCAUUCGGGACGCAGUCACCUAUACCGAGCACGCCAAGCGCAAGACGGUCACUGCUAUGGACGUAGUGUACGCCCUCAAGCGGCAGGGACGCACCCUGUACGGUUUCGGAGGUUAAGCUACAGCUUUAGUUCUACACCCAUAUGCCAACGGCCCUUCUUAGGGCCAACCAUCUAGUCUUGGGAAGAGCUGGGCAUUUGGACUAGAACUUGGGGCCUGUUGGAGAGAGCGUCUGAACAUGCCCAUUGAUAACCCAAAGCACAAUUUUUGACAAGGUGAAGCAAAUUAUUCCCUAUCAGCAGUAAAGAAGCCAUUCCCUGCACUACCACUUCUAAAUUGUCUUGAUUUGUGGGCGCCUGGGUGGCCCAGUCGGUUAAGC